AUUGUAUUGGUUCACUUCGCACACUCUCAGCAUUGGUCUUUGACGCCCGACGCAGCAGAGAAGGUUGACAAUUUUUUAAUGGCAGCCCCAAUGGAAGUUGAUAGUUCUUCUAAAUUUUCAAGUCCAACAUCUGCAAAAUGGGAGCGUGAUCAUCGAGCACUUUAUAAAGCAACUACGCCUCCAUCAUGGAAAGAAACGUAUCGCAAGCGAUGCCUUCAAAGACUGCGCAAAAGUCGAGACAAUUUGCUAGAUCGUUUACGAUGCUCGGGGGCACCAAUGCACGAAGGGAAGCUGCCAUCUGUUGUCACUGACGUCAUGGAAAAGGAGUGGCGUGUUCUGAGAGCGGAACGAAGAUGCACUGAUGUACCUGAUCUUGUUGAAGGUAUUGAUGAUAUCGAUACAGUUCUAAGCAUCAUGGAAGAAAUUCAACAUGAACUUAUGAAAGAAGAACAAUCUUUGUUGUCAGAGUAUGAGGCUCAUUUGAAACAUGAAGAGGAGGUCUUGUGUGCUUCUGUUGCUAAGAUGAACACUGAUGAGGUCACUUGUCCAAUCUGCAAACGGAAUGCACUAAUGGAAAACAAAGGUGUCAUAUUUUGUGCAUGUGGAGUGAGGAUUCAGACAGAGCAAGAUUGUUUAACCCUGAAUAAUGUAAAGCAACAGUUGAGUGAUGGAGUGGAGCAACAUAGCAGUACUAUGUGUCUUGGGCAACCUAUAUUCUCAGUCGGCUCGCUGGACAUGGUGGGCAGUCAGAAUUUGCUGAUGGCCUGUAAGGUUUGCGAUUUCCUUCAUGUUGUUAUCUGAAUGAAAAUCUUAACACGUUGAAAUAAGAAUAUAAUGUAUUUUGUGGAUUAUGAAAGUAUUUAAAAAUUGAAAGCAAGCCAUAUACCUCUCUCUGUGGAUUUUGUCUAAAAGUACUUCUUAAAUAUCAUUUAUUACUGAUAUACUCAACUAAAUCUAUUUUGAUAACAUUUAGGUUUAUUUCGAAGUCGUAUAUAGUUUGUAGCAUAUUUAUAAAUUUUUUUAAAUAUCGCAUGUUGACAAUCAAGUUUAAUUUCUGUAAAGGUCAUUACCAUUAGAAUUGCUUGCUUGAAGAAGCAACUGUUAUGGAUGAAAGUAUUGUGUGAUGAAUAUUGAAUAUUUAUAUGAUGAAUAUUCAUGAGGUUAGGUCAAGUAUUUGCUUCUGGUGUUUAAUGUACACUUUUGUAAAUACAGUAUUUACAUGCAAUGUAUAUUUUAAGAAGUUUGAAAGCAAGCCAUAUACCUCUCUCUGUGGAUUUUGUCUAAAAGUACUUCUUAAAUAUCACUUAUUACUGAUAUAAUCAACUAUAUCUAUUUUGAUAACAUUUAGGUUUAUUUCAAAGUCGUAUAUAGUUUGUAGCAUAUUUAUACAUUUUUUUAAAUAUCGCAUGUUAACAAUCAAGUUUAAUUUCAUUAUUGCUGUAAAGGUCAUUACCAUUGGAAUUGCUUGCUUGAAGAAGCAACUGUUAUGGAUGAAAGUGUUGUGUGAUGAAUAUUUAUAUAAUGAAUAUACAUGAGGUUAGGUCAAGUAUUUGAUUCUAGUGUUUAAUGUACACUUUUGUAAAUACAGUAUUCACAUGCAAUGUAUAUUUUAAGAAGUUUGUACACCAUAUGACUUGAAUUUUCUAGUACUGUAACCUUUAUAUCACUUGCUGGACUAUACACCUUCAUAGUAAGGUAUAGCUUCAGAAAUACAGUAUUCUUUUUAACUUUUAUAUGUUUGUUUUGUUACUUCAUACUCUUGAGCAUAUUUACUUUGUGUUGUAUUUCAUGUGAUUUGGUGCUAAAGAGAUAAUAUGUGUUGUCUUUGAGACAAAUUGUGAUUAGGAGAAUAUUUAAAUGUCAUAUUACAUGUUCUAUAUCGUAAUGUAAGAAAUCUAAAAAUGUAUUUUGAGUUUGUUUGAAAUCAUGUUAUUGAAUAAAUUAAGAAUUGAAACACA